AUGGUUUUUGCGAAGUCUCAGAAGUCGAAGGUUUACUUCAGGAGAUACCAAGUCAGGUUUAAGAGAAGGAGAGAGGGUAAGACUGAUUACCAUGCUCGGAUUCGGUUGAUCAAUCAGGAUAAGAAUAAGUACAACAUACCAAAGUACCAAUUUGUUGUUCGAUUCACCAACAAAGAUAUUGUUGCACGAAUAGCAUCUGCCAGUAUUGCUGGUGAUAUUGUUCCUGCUGCUGCAUAUUCACGGGCUGCCACACUUCAGUCUUAA